UAAGCAAACCCUUCAUCGCUGCUCCGUCUCUAUAAAACGGGGGCUUGAGCUCAUCCAUCUUCUUUCUCCCAAUCCAAAUCCUCCUCCAAUCCCAUCUCCUCCCUGUGUUCUACUCUGCAAAUUAUGAUAAUAUUUUUCCCAUUCCCAUUCCCAUUCUCGAUCUUCCAUAAUCUCCGCGUCUUCGGUCCUGGCUUGAAUCCCUUCAAACCCUACUGCAUCGCCAACCACUCCUCUCGCUAAUCGCAUCUACCCAAUUGUCUCCCGUUUCAUCUUCUUCUUUCCCAGAUUUUCUUUAUCAUGUAACAACCUUGUGGCCGUCAAUCCUAUUCAAUCUAAACUAUUGGCUUUGUUUUCUCAGCGCUUUGUUGUUGUGGUGGUAGUAGGUAGUCUGUGAGUUGGAAAUUGGGGGAUUUGGUAGAGUGAGAGGGAUGUUUGAAACGAAACCGGAUUCGUUUCGUCGGAACCUGUCGAAGAAGCGCUCGUUUAGGGCUGCGGUGGGGGACGACCGGGGGUGGACUCUGCUGCAUGUUGGUGCUCGGAAAGGGGAUCUCAAUGAGGUGAGGCGACUUCUUGAUGAAGGAAUGGAUGUAAACGUGGCAGCAUGCGGCCCCAAAUCGAAAGGGGUGACCCCCCUUCACCUUGCCGCUCAGGGUGGGCAUCUCAGAGUCAUGGAUGAAUUGCUUGAACGUGGUGCUAAUAUUGAUGCUAGAACUAAAGGUGCCUGUGGCUGGACCCCACUUCACAAUGCAGCCAAAGAAAGAAACAAGGAUGCCAUCAAAUUCCUGAUAGAGAAUGGGGCAUUCCUAGCUGCUGACAUCAAUGAUAACAGGUUCAACCCACCCCUCCAUUACUGCACAGGUCUUGAGUGGGCUUAUGAGGAGAUGAAACGCAUCCAACAAGAGAAUUGGAGCUCAUCAGCAGGUGAGACCUCCUACAGCUCUGAAAGCUGAAUACCAUCCCAAGUACACCACAUUGCAACCUUUGAUGCCAUGUUCAGCCCAAUAUUAUCCUCCAUUAACUAUGGAUACUAAAACCAAUUGCACGCACUAGUAGUGAUGAAGUAUGGCUUUGGAUCAAAUUUAUGUUUUGUUGUGUGUUUUGGAUGCUUGAUGAACCAAGCAACAUUUUAUCCGUAAAAUGGUUGAAGCAUUUGAAUAGGAGGUCCACUAUAACUAUAAACCCUAGGUAAAUCUUUCAAAAAACCAAAAUGGUUUGUUUGAUAGGGUUGUUUCGAUGAUUGAUUUUGGAAGAUGUACUUCUACACUUGUACUUCGAUUCCAUCUAUGGUUCUCUUGUUUAUCUUUUGGCUUCAUUGUUUCAAUAUCCAUGGUUUGGGUCGUUUGAGGGGUUUUCUGAACUUCUGAAUCAUUUCCAAGAUCAUAUGCCGCAUCUUCUCAUGGAAGAUUUUUCCAUUUACUACUGAUGUUUUCUGUGUAAAGAGGUCUACUUGCUGGAAGGCAUGGCAUUUUGUCUAUGCUUUUGUAUAGCGUCAAUGCUCUGUCUCCCUCUUUUUUAUUUUUGGAUGUUUGUCUUUUUUGAGAAGAUUCUCCAGAAUUUUUUUUUUGUAGAAUCAAGAACAUUCAUGGUUUGUCUUUUUUUGGGUGAGUCUUUUUCAGUUUUCAACCAAGAAAUUAGCCUCAUCUUGUGUUGAAGUGACUGGAACAUUUGUGUGGGUUUCAUUGUCUAACUUUUUUUUAUGAAAAAAGGCAAUUUCCUUUGUA